UGCCCCAGCCCCGGUGGCGGCGGGAGCGGCGGCGGGGCCAUGGCGGAGCCGGCGGUGUCCUGCCGGGUGCAGUACCUGGAGGACGCGGAUCCCUUCGGCUGCGGCAGCUUCCCGGAGCCGCGGCGAGCCCCGGUGUACGCCGUGGUGGAGGCUCUGGCCCUGGGAGCGCAGCUGCCCGCCCUGCACCGCCUGCUCGGGGCCCCGCUACCGCUGGAGGACUGCACACUGCAGGUGUCACCCUCAGGACACUACCUGGACCUCGACUUGUCGCUGCUGGAGCAGAAGGAUGAUCUGGAGGGUUUCUACGAGGAGGUCAGGAAGGGGAGGCGACCCACCCUCAUCCUGCGCACGCAGCUCUCGGUCCGGGUCCACGCCAUCAUCGAGAAGCUGUACAACUCCCAGGGCCCGGAGCUGCGGAGAUCCCUCUUCUCCCUCAAGCAACUCUUCCAGGAGGACAAGGACUUGGUGCCUGAGUUUGUGAACCUGGAUGGGCUGACGUGUCUGAUCAAAGUAGGGGCAGAAGCCGACCAGAACUACCAGAAUUACAUCCUCCGGGCCCUGAGCCAGAUCAUGCUCUUCGUGGAUGGGAUGCAGGGGGUCAUCAACCACAACGAGACCAUCCAGUGGCUCUACACCCUCUCGGGGAGCCCGUUCCGCCUGGUGGUGAAGAUGGCCCUGAAGCUGCUGCUGGUGUUCGUGGAGUACACGGAGCCCAACGCCCUGCUCCUCAUCCACGCCGUCAACGCCGUGGACCAGGCAAGAGGCAUGUGUCCAUGGUCCAACCUGAUGGCCAUCCUGGAGCAACGCAACGGGGCUGACACGGAGCUGCUGGUCUUUGCCAUGACGCUGGUCAACAAGACCCUGGCAGCCCUCCCAGACCAGGACACCUUCUACGACGUGACAGACUGCCUGGAGCAGCAGGGCAUGGAGCAGGUGGUGCAGCAGCACUUGGCCAACAAGGGCACCGACCUGGACUUGAAGCAGCAGUUUGUGCUCUACGAGAGUGCCCUGAAGCUGGAGGACGGGGUGGAGGAGCCAUCUCCAGGGACACGCAAGGAGCGGAGGAGGACGGAGGAGGGUCGGCGUGGGUGGAGGUCCCAGGGGGGCUGCCCAGACCCCCAGCCACUGCCAGGGUCCCCUGGCACCCCGGAGGAGCCCCCCACCAAGGACAUCCCGGCUGUCUCCGUGCCCAGCAGCCCCACAGACCCUUGUCCCACCAGCACGUUCAGCAGCGCGUCCAGCGUCCGCUUGGCCCUGGCAGCCCCCCCAGCCCAGCAGGAGCAGCCCCCCGGCCCGGGCGAGCGCAGCGUCUACAAGCUGCGCCAAACUGGCCCUGUCUGGAGGGAGGAUGCCCCCCCCUUGCGUGGGGACAAGCCUAUUUUGAGGAGGUUUGAAGCUCGCUUCUUGGAGAACCUGGCUGCAGCCCAGAAGGAGAAGAUGGCUUCCAUGGCCAAGGGACGGCUCGAUGUCCUUGGAGAUGCUGCCCUGGAGCAUCCCAGUGCUCUGCCUUGGGACAGAGACAGAGGCACCUCUGAGCCUGGGAUGGAGCCACCCAACAUAAGGUCUCGCCUGGCUCGGCCCGAUGCCACCGACUCCUGCGGCACCAUCUCCUCCGACACCAAGUUUAUGCUGGACAUGCUCUACGCCAAGGGCUCCUCAGAGCUGGGCAGGGAGAAGGUCUUCCCUGAGGUCCCGUUGUCCCCCCCAGUCCAGGGCGAAGUGGAGAAGGAGCCCGAGGGAGGUGUCAGCCAGGAGCAGGAGGGUGCCUGGCACCGUGGCAGGGCUCCAGAUGGGCCGGUGGCCAGUGCCCACGCCAAGCUGGCACGUGCCAUGUCCAGCACAGACGCCGAGAGCCAGGCGCAGAAGCUGGAGAGCACUGGGAUGAUGCCCGUCAAGAAGGAGGUGGAGCUGACAUGGGAGCGCCUGGAGGCCGGCCCCGUGCAGCUGAAGAUCAAAGACCUGGAUUUCACUGAUCUGGGGGACGAAGAAGACUUUGACAUCCUGGAGACGGGGCCUAUGGCCAAUGGCUCCUUCCUCCCUCCUGGCAUCGAAGCAACGAGUGCUGGAGCUCUAAUGGUUCCCCCUCCACCUCCCCCCAUCCCUGGUUGCCCACCACCUCCUCCUCCACCUCCUGCUAUCCCUGGUUGCCCACCACCUCCUCCUCCACCUCCUGCCAUCCCUGGUUGCCCACCACCUCCCCCUCCACCUCCUGCAGUCCCCAGCUGCCCACCUCCCCCAGGGCUACCAGGCUCCUCAACGACAGAUGGCCCCUCCCAGGCCAAGAAGAAGAGGACAGUGAAGCUCUUUUGGAAGGAGCUGAAGCAGCUGGAUGGCACUGUGGGGCCAGGGAGGUUUGGCCAAGAGACACUGUGGGCGUCCUUGCAGAGCGUCGAGGUCAAUGCUGCCAAACUGGAGCAUCUCUUUGAGUCACGGUCAAAGGAAGCACCAACUUCCAAGAAGGCCAUCGAUGGGAAGAAGGUGGUGGUGGUGCUGGACCCCAAGAGGAGCAACGCCAUCAACAUCGGCCUGACGGUGCUGCCCCCCGUGCACAUCAUCAAGACGGCCGUGCUCAACUUCGAUGAGUUCGCGGUCAACAAGGAAGGGAUUGAGAAAAUCCUGACCAUGGUCCCAACCGAGGAGGAGAAGCAGAAGAUCCAGGAGGCCCAGCUGGCCAACCCUGAUGUGCCUUUGGGCUCUGCAGAGCAGUUCCUACUCGCCCUGUCUUCCAUCAGCGACCUCACGGCCAGGCUCCAGCUCUGGGCCUUCAAGCUGGACUAUGAGAGUCUGGAGCAGGAGAUUGCAGAGCCGCUCUAUGAUCUGAAGGUGGGCAUGGAGCAGCUGGCCAGAAACCACACCUUCAAGUGCAUCCUGGCCACGCUGCUGGCCAUGGGCAACUUCUUGAACGGCUCCCAGAGCAGAGGUUUUGAGCUGGGCUACCUGGAGAAGGUCUCGGAAGUGAAGGACACCGUGCACCGGCAGUCCCUACUCCACCAUCUCUGCCAGAUGGUGGUGGAGAAGUUCCCAGAAACCACUGACCUCUACUCAGAGAUCGCCUCCAUCACCCGCUCCGCCAAGGUUGACUUUGAGGAGCUGGCCAACAGCCUGGCGCAGCUGGAGCGGAGGUGCAGGGCCUCCUGGGACAACCUGAAGGUGAUGGCCAAGCACGAGACCAAGCCAGUGCUGAAGAGCAAGCUGACUGACUUCCUCAAGGACAGCACCCAGCGCGUCGUCGUCCUGAAGGUGGUGCACAGGCGCGUCCUCAACAGGUUCCGCUCCUUCCUGCUCUACCUGGGGUACCCGGCAGGCACGGUGAGGGACGUCAAGGUGACCUCCAUCUGCAAGCUGCUGAGGGAGUUCGCCCUGGAGUACCGCACCUGCCGGGAACGCGUCCUCCAGCAGCAGAAGAAACGGGCCACCCACCGCGAGCGCAACAAGACGCGGGGGCGGCUCAUCACCGAGACCGAGAAGUUCUCCGGCAUCACCGAGGCCGCUCCACCCCCCGCCGUGGUCUCCAGCAGCCCCGGGGAGCAGAUGGAAGCCGGUCAUGAGAGCAUGAAGAUCCUGCUGACCUCCCCCGCGGAUGUCCCUGCCCGCCGCAGCCGGGCCAGCCGGGGGGCAGGGCAGGCCAGCCCGGUGCAGGGCUCGCCAGCGCAGGAGGAUGUCCCCAGCUCCCCAGAUGAUGCUUCUGAUGAGAUCAUGGACCAGCUGGUGAAGUCGGUGACACAGAGCGCCAACCCCCGGCCCUGCCCCAGCAAGGAGCGCAGGAGGUCGCGGGGCAACAGGAAGUCCUUGAGGAGGACACUCAAGAGCGGGCUCAGCGACGACCUGGUGCAGGCGCUGGGCCUGGGGCGGGCGCCUGGCAUGGAGGUGUGAGGGGCCCCCCUGCCCCUGCCAGCAGCCCCGGGGAGGCAGAUGGAGGUGGUGGCAGCCCCUGUGGCUCCAGGACUGGCAGGUCCUCUCCCCUUCCCUCCCCUGGCCUCCAGCUCCAGCAGGAGUGGGCAGCAGGAUGCGAGCGAUGCCCCGGAGCUGCUCCGUGGUGGCCAGGAUGGAGGUGCCCAAGCUCCUGGGUGUGGGCAUGGAGCCUCAGGGUUCAUCUUCUCAACAGUAUUAGAGGGGUCAAGGGGCUGGACCCAGACCUGCUCUGGGAACUGGGUCUGUCCCGUGGCCACUGUGGCAAUAAAGUUGGUCUGACACGC